AUGGCACAAUACCAUUCAAUAUGCCAUCCCGAUCAUCUGGAGCCGCUUGAACUCGAAAUUCUACACCGUCGGGAUGCCUUUGGUCUCCCGCCUAAAGCUGUCCAGGAUACGCUUGUAGACGUAUUCUUCAAAUGGAUAGCGCCAAUACUGCCGGUGGUAGACCGUCAUGCUUUCAUGAGGCAGUAUAACAGCGCGGAAGAUCUACCGUCAAUUCUACUGCUACAGGCGAUGCUCAUGGUUGCAUCUCGAUGCUCUACCAACCAGCAGGGCUCAAAAGAGUAUACCGUGUCGCCGCGCACGUUCUAUAAGAAAGCUAAGGCACUAUAUGACGCUGGUUAUGAAACCAACCAGAUAACUGUCGUUCAAUCUGUGAUCUUGCUAGGUGCUUACUGGGAAGGUCCUGACGAUCUUACUGAAAGUGGAAUAUUCUACUGGAGCCGGCUGGGUAUUGCUUUGGCACAGGAGCUUGGACUACAUGAGAGUGAAAUAUACACUGACCUCCAACCCUCACAACGAGGCCUCCGCAAACGGAUAUGGUGGACAUUGUAUACCCGAGACCGCUCCGUGGCUGCGGCGUUUGGCAGGCCAUUGCAUAUUAAUCCAAGCGACUGCACAGUAGAGCCGCUGACAGAGAGUGACUUUGUCGAGCAUGAUGGAGAUGCUUCAUCUGGGCCGAAAAGUGAAGUUCAAGCUAGGUUCUUUAUGGAGUAUGUCAAACUCUGCCAACUUAUGGAUCUAGGUUUAUGCUUGAAUCUGUCGGCAAGAUCCACUCAAGCUGCCCGGAGUGUCGGAGCUGCGCAAUGCGAGCUUGGUUUGAAUGAAUGGCUCGUAGCUUGUCCGCCAGAGCUACAUUGGAGGCAGACGCGCCACACAUUUCUGUCAGCGAUACUAUUCUCCACAUUCUACACAAUCGUAUGCCAGUUGCAUUUACUGCAGGCCCCGUAUUCAUCCAAUGAAUCCCAGAGCUCGGCGUUUCACGCUGCGUCGACCAUAGUUUCAAUCCAGGAGAUGCUUCUCUCGCAUAAUGAGCUUCAAUACUCACCUACGUUCGUAAUCUGUCACGCCGUAACGUCCAUCGUUACCUUGAAACAUCAAAUGGAUGCUUCACUACCAUCUCUCCUACAUGGUAUCAGACUGAAACUGGAAUCCAGUCUCGAAAUACUGGAGGCAUUGUCCAAGACAUGGCCCAUCGCAACGCUAUUCUUAGAAUUCUUCCAAACAAUGACAACUCCAGAGCAUUUCAACAGACUACUGUCAGUCGCCGUGGAAGAUUGUCGCAAACGUGCACUUGGGGACAAACCAGACGACCCCCAAGCACCUCGGAGACCAACAUCAUUCAAACGGCCAAAGCUACAACAGGUUGUCCUUCCGCAGAGCAGGGUUGUAUUCCAGAUCCUGGCGCGAGAAACUCAGAGGCGACAAACGGCCUUGCUUCAGUCUCAAGGCUCGGAUAUUGCAUCCCGUGGAGUAGGAGAUGUGCGUUUUGGGUCUGUCUCUAGUGCUACUCCCGGUAGCGUCGAUGAUAUCUCCCAAGGCGGUCCUGAAGAUACGCUAGAAAGCUGCGAGCCUACCGCGGUGUUGCAAAAUCUUCGAGAGAUUAUCCGAAUUGGGAAUUCUCAGGGGACCGACAAUGGGACCUGACGAUCGGGGUGUUUAGAACUCAAUUUACUUUGAGUGGUACAUCUACCUACUCGGAAUGUAUCUAAGAGCCGUAUCAGUGGCCUUUCUUCGUGACACAUUGGCGGUUAUCAAACAAAGUUUGCGCUUCAAUUGGGCUCUGGGCGCAAAAGUCCAAGCAUGAAUCGUCGCACAUCAGUAAGGAUCGACGGCAUAACGCUUCUACGGCUAUGCUUGAGUUGAGCGACGAAAGAUUGCCACUGAAGGCCAUCCUGAGAGGCAAUGUGUGUCUUAAGCAACAUUGGAUCCUGACGCUGUUGUUUCCGCUCGUGCAAAUUACAAUCUGUUUUUGGUUGCUGGGAAGGACGACAGGUGGACUUGGAUCCCCUAUCUUUCCAGACGACGAACCAAAACGAGCAUCGAGGACAACUUUACAAGACAGGCUAGUAGAAUACUGCACAGUACUUUUUCAACUGAGACGCCGUCGAAGUUCUCAAAAUUGUUCGCAUUCCCCUGGGCGAUAUUGAGAGGCCUAAAGUUUCUUGGAAGGUCUCUCGAACACCGGCUAUUAGAGUAGGUAAGGUAUAGGCAGUAUUUCAGCUGCAGUAACACUCAAAUGCAAGCCUUCAAAAUCAAAGCGGUUAAAAUUGGCGCGGCGAAUAUGUGACAAUAUCAUGUAUAGUCUAACUACUCGCCGUGGAGAUUAAUAAUGUUGUUGUAUGGGCCGAGC